UUGAAUUGUAUAUUUUUACAAGAAUUGUCAACUAGAAAGAGUAUCAUUUUCUACAAUCAGUAUGAAAGUUUCUACAAAAUAUGGAAAUAUAAGUAACUCUCUCUAUUUCAGCUAGUCUUAUUCUCAUAUUCAAAUUGUUGGUUGUGAUGGAAUGUCAUGCCUUGGAAAUACUUUGGCAAGAUAUAAAGACCAGUUUAGUCGGAACAAAUAGUUCUUCUAGUAUUCCUUGUGCUUGGAAGUUUCCAACACUUGUUUCUCAAGCAAGUACUAUGGCUUCUGAAGUACAAGCAACCUCAUCCAUCACAACGAACUCCGUACGUAGACAGUACAGUAUAGAAUGCCUAUUGCAGCUUUCUGGCAGCCAGUUUCUUGAACAUCAAUUUCCACUAUCGUUGAAUGUCUUGAAACAGACCAAUAAACGAAAAAGAGAAAAAGUCGAAACAGAGGAAAAGAAGGAAGAAAAAGUUUCCGAAUCGAAACUGCGAAGUGAAGAUAUUAUCGUAAAAGGGAAGAAUAGUUCUCUUACUUUUGAAGAUAUGUUUCUUUCUAAUGGUUUGAUUGCUGGUCUCAAGAUUUGUGGUUUCGAGAAACCUUCUCCAGUACAAGUUGCAAGUAUUCCUUAUGCCAGAUUAGGUUGUGACCUCAUUAUUCAGGCCAAAAGUGGGACAGGCAAAACCUGUGUUUAUGCAGUGGCCGUCUUACAGUCCCUUUUGGAUAGUCAAAAGAAUACAACUUUGUCUUCUUCUGUAAAAAGUAUUCAAGCCAUGAUUAUCGUUCCAACUAGAGAAUUGGCUUUUCAAGUUGCUAUGGUAUUUGAACAACUAAGGAGAGGAAUCAUAGAAUGCGAUAAGAAUGGAAUACAAAUUGUUACAUGUGUUGGAGGUAUUAGUAUGAAACAUGACUAUCAUGUUCUAUCAAAGGGUUUUCAUGUGGUUAUUGGGACUCCUGGUCGUAUCAGAAAUCUUAUAGACUCUGCUAUUUUACAUUUACAACAUAUACAGAUGUUGAUAAUAGAUGAAGCAGAUAAGUUACUUGAAAGUUGUUUCUGGAAGGAUUUAUUUGCGAUUGAACAACAUUUACCUGAUUGGAAACAAGUCUUAGCUUUUUCUGCCACUUAUUCUUCAUCUGUGCUUUCCAAACUCUAUCGCAUCAUGAAAGAACCUAGAAAGAUAACAGUAUUAGAACAAACUUUGGUAGAAAAAUUAUCCUUAGAUAGGACACCUCUCUGUGCAGAAACAUCACUUUGUGGGAUAACUCAUCACAAAGCAGAAAUACAAGGCUCAUGGAAAGGAGAAGACUUGUUUCAUAUCCAAUUGGAGACGUUGAUUUCCAUCUUUGGAGAAUUUUCAUUUCAUCAAUGUUUGGUAUUCUGUAACGACAAGUCCUUGUUAGACAGAUAUAGCAAUAGUUUAAGAAAUGCAGGAUUCUCUGCAGAUUUUACCAGUGGAGAUUUGAAUCAGUCGAUAAGGAAUGAAAUAUUUCAACGAUUUUAUACACAUAAGACACAAGUUUUGUUGACUACCGAUCUUCUUUCCAGAGGGAUUGAUUUUGUGGAUUGUAAUUUGGUUGUGAACUUGGAUAUACCUAAAACAACGGAGACUUAUUUACAUCGAGCUGGAAGAGCUGGACGCUUUGGAAGAUUUGGAAAUUGUGUUACUGUUUAUUCAUCGGAAACGCUUCCAGAAAUGGAACAGUUGGAAUCUCAACUUGGGAUCGAUUUUGCUCACUUGCUGAUUGAAAUUUCUGUUCAUGAAAAGGAAUCCUUCAAAGAAGAUAGACACAAUAUGAACACUCCAAUGGUUUUUAUUAUUACUGGAAAGGUUAUUGGUAUGGAUACUUCUUAUCUCAAUGGUACCUUUGGAAAGGAGAAACACCUCCUCCUAUAGAACAAAUCAUGCAGCAAUAUA